AUGUCACUGGUUUUUUACAUGUGUGUACGGUCACUGUCGAAUUCGGACCUCCCUAGCAUCAAUUCUGUUCACCGAAGCUGGAUCGCAUAUGCAGUCGGUGGCCCUGGAGACUAUGUCGGCGGGACCCAAUUCAAUAUUCAAGUGCUUCUAGCACUGUGUCAACUGCCGAUAUUUUCGCCGGAUUUGGUUUGCAUGCAGGGAAGCGAAGUGUUGCAGUCUAAAAGGCCGAUCGAGACACCCAAGUCUUCUGACAAUUUUCAAAAAAUGCAGUCACUACAGGAUAUUACAUUCUAUAUACAUUUUCAAGAUGGCCAAUUACAUACAAGUUCCAGGAUGGGCAGCCCAAGAGGAGAGCAAGAUGUUCAAAUCCGUUCGAACGCAUCAAUGCGUUGUCAGCUCAAGCCGGCGAUUGUGUUUCAUUCGGCGCGAAUAUAUGCAUUCACAGCUAUAGGGGGCGGUGUCGGUACAAUCAAAAGCUUAUCGAACAUUCUCCCAAAAGAGAAUACGACAUGCCAAAAAGAAUAUACCAGCCACGAGUUAAAGCCGCUAUGA